GGCGCGCGCGGGGGCGCGAAGCCACGAGAGCGCGAGUGCGCGUGCGCGAGCGGCGGGGCUUUCUCCGGAGCCGUCGGAGGGAGCCGGAGCGCUUUUCCUGAGCCUCACCACGGCGACGAGUCAGCCCGAAGGGAGUUGCCCAUCUGGCAGCCUCGUCUCUGCCUUUGUUUCCCGCCUGGAGGGAUGCUGGUAUCGGCCCUCUCCUCAGUUGGUGAUCGGUCAGUGGUGGUCCAACAUGCAGAAGUGACUGAGUGGUGAAAAACAGCAGAGCUGAUGGGUCAUGAGGAUGUAAGUGCAUUGGAAGGCUCUCACACCCUUUACUCCAGGACAGAAUCAUGAAUAAACUGGAGGACAAGCAGGACCAGAUGAUACCAUGAAGAGAAGUUUACAGGCCCUCUAUUGCCAACUAUUAAGCUUCCUCCUGAUCUUGGCACUGACCGAAGCACUGGUAUUUGCCACCCAGGAACCAUCUCCCAGAGAAUCUCUUCAGGUCCUCCCCUCAGGCACCACCCCAGACACCAUGGUGACAGCAACCCUCAGCUCUACCAGACAUUCUUCCAUGGCAACUGCCCCCACUUCUGUGGGCUCACUGACCCCCCAUCCCAAUGGAUCCUCCUCACAGGCUGCAGCUCCCAUGGCAAUGACAACGCCCCAUCCAGAUGGACGCCCUCCUACAAACACUGUCUCCACCAUCAUGAUGACAGCAACCACCCCACAUUCUGAAGGCCCCCUAACCACAGGGCCCCUUCCUGCUGCCAUGGCAACCACAUCCUCCCACUCAGAGGGCCAUCCCCAGGGGGAAGCUAUGGCCACCAUCCUGCUGACAAAGCCAACAGGAGCCACCAGCCGUCCCACCACAGCACCUACCCGGGCUACCACACGCAGACCUCCCAGGCCCCCAGGCUCUUCCCGAAAGGGGACCAGCAGUUCAUCACGCUCUGUCCUGCCCGCACCCAGUGGCCACUCUGGGAGGAAGGAAGGCCAGCGGGGACGAAAUCAGAGCUCCACACAUCUGGGGCAGAAGCGGCCCUUGGGGAAAAUCUUUCAGAUCUACAAAGGCAACUUUACAGGGUCUAUAGAACCUGACCUCUCCACCCUCACUCCCAGGAACCCACUCUGGGGUUAUUCUUCCUUGCCACAACCCCAGACAGUGGCCACAACCAUGGCGCCCAGCAGGACCUCGUGGGCACCACCCACCACCCCCCUGGUGCCUGCAGAGGACAAACCAGGCCUUAGCAGAGCAGACCAGGGGGGUGGUUCCACCUUCACCAGCCAAGGAGGGGAGCCGGACACCACAGUAGCCUCAGGUGCCCCUGCCAGUCCACAACCUGCCCCAGUGCCUUCUCAGCGCCCCCGCGGUGACCCACAGGAUGGCCCCAGCCACAGUGACUCCUGGCUUACUGUCACCCCCGGCAUCAACAGACCUCCAUCUACCAGCUCUGGGGUCUUCACAGCCACCGUGGGGCCCACCCAGGCUGCCUUCAAUGUCAGUGUCUCAGCCCCUUCCAAGGGGACCCCUCAGGGAACAUCUUCAACCUCGCAGGCCCCAGCCCACCCCACCAGGGGCUCAGAAAGCACUGUUUCCCAAGCCAAGGAGGAGGCUACAACCACCCCCACAACGACCAACAGGGUGCCCAGUCCUCUCUCCACAGUGGUGUCCACAGCCACAGGAAACUUCCUCAACCGCCUAGUCCCUGCCGGGACCUGGAAGCCUGGAACAGCAGGGAAUAUAUCCCAUGUGGCUGAAGGAGACAAACCCCAGCACAGAGCCACCAUCUGCCUGAGCAAGAUGGACAUCGCCUGGGUGAUCCUGGCCAUCAGCGUGCCCAUCUCCUCCUGCUCUGUCUUGCUGACAGUGUGCUGCCUGAGGAGGAAGAAAAAGACGGCUAAUCCAGAGAACAACCUGAGCUACUGGAACAAUGCCAUCACCAUGGACUACUUCAAUAAGCAUGCUGUGGAGUUACCAAGGGAGAUCCAGUCCCUUGAAACUUCUGAGGACCAGCUCUCGGAACCCAGAUCCCCAGCCAAUGGUGACUACAGAGACACUGGGAUGGUCCUCGUCAACCCCUUCUGCCAAGAAACAUUGUUUGUGGGAAAUGAUCAAGUAUCGGAGAUCUAACCGCAGCAGCUCUCGCUUUGCUGUUCCCUACCUUUCGUCUCUAAAUUAUAAAUAUACAAAUAUAUAUUAUAAAUAUAAUCUUUGUGUAACCCUGACUUAAUAAGAAACAUUUUCAGCUUUUUUUUCCUAAGAAUUGUCAACAUCUUUUUUAUAAGUGUGGUUUAAAAAAAAAAAAAAAACUUUACAGAUUGAUCUGUGGCUUUAUAAAAUAAAGGUAUUUCUAAGCAAAGCAGUUGCAUUGAUUGCUUCUCUUAAUAACUGUCCUUGAGCAUUUGGGGGUCCCAGCAGCCCCAGACUGUUGAGGGAAGAGAUAGACCCAUAGAAGUGAAAUGUUAAAAUGGUCACAAGCACGGCCCUUUGAGUGCUUCUUAAAGCUCCAGUUCUUCUUGAUUCAGUGGAACCCCAUUUCCUCCCCCUCCUUAUGCACACCAGUGAAGGCAACUGGGCCACCUAGGGAGAAGCAGCAGACUCGCACACAGAGCAGGAAAAGGGAACAUCUCAUCACCCCCGGUGAAUGAGUAUCCUGCACUUGCACUGUGACACCAUUGGCUGUCAAGGCUAAUUCCGUCUGAGUUCAGGACAGCAGGCAGGAGCACGCAGCCCUCAGGAGUCUGUGGAGGACAUCCAGCAUCCCAAGGCCACAUCCCCCUAACGUCACACGACAGGGAGCUUCCACUAUGCUAAACAAUAGGACUGCCUUGCUCUGGUGGACAAAAAUGCCCCCACCCCACCCCAAGCACAUUCCUGCUUCCUCUCCAACACCCACAUCUGCUUUCAAACUUGUGCCUUUCUCUGGAGAUGGUUUAGAUGUGGAUCCUAAGCCUGGAGCUUGGGAAUGCUUGCCCUUCCUCAAGGAUCAAAUGUUUAUUGGGAUUCAGCUUUGUUUUCUCAAAAGGCAUCUCACUGUGCCCCUGAGGAACAUGCUUAUGUAAGAGGCCUUGAAGUGUGGAGCUGUAAUUUUCUAAACCCUCCUGCAAUCUUACAAAAACAAGAUUGCCAAAGUGGAUUGCUUGGGAGAAGACAUCAUUUUUUCCCUCCUUAGCACUGCAGACCUGCUUGUAGGUCCACAGAUGGGCUUCCCACCCAGUGCUCAUUUCCUAGUCUCCCCUGCAUGGCUGUCUUCACUGGUGGUGGGCCAGCACCUCCCCUGCCCACACUCAGGAGUGGUCAGACCCACAGAGAUGUACAGGGGCUUCCACAGAUGGCUGCUUCUUACUUUUUUUCCUAGUAGAUGGUGGCGAGAGAAGAGAACUGCUUUGACUCUUUCUCUAAAAGAAAAUUAGUUUGAUAGUAUAUUUUGAAUAUAGAUGUUCUUAUAGUAAGAUUGGGAAUUGACUUGAAUGUUGAUUCAUAUGUUCGUGUUGUUACUGUGGUCUUUUUAUCAUAACUUUCCUUUCUUCAUACGUUUCCUUUAAAAAAAAAAAAAAAAGAUGGCCUUCAAAAAUGUGUGUUCUCAAUGUUGUAUGGAUCUACUUAACAUGAGUUUGGUGGUUGUCUCUCUUUAAAGAUUCUUCAACCCACAAGGAAGCAGGUUAAAUGUUGCUCUGAGAUUCAUUUGCCAGCGUGCUCUGUCUGAUCUUUUAACCUUAUAUUUCUGUCAGCUAUUGCAUUUACUACAGCAAUGUGUGUGUGUAUAUAAAGAAAUCUGUUUGUAAAGUAAAACUAUAUAUAAUAUAUGUAAUCAAAGAUACAUAUGUUAUAUAUAUAUAUAUAUAUAUAUGUGGAUGUAUGACUUAUUUUUCCUUAUCCACAGAAUUCAACUACCAUGUAUAUAUAAAUAAACUUAUU